AUGGGCGGAGUUUUUGGGUGUACUGCUGAGCAGCUAGCAGCAGGGAUGGAACACCUGCGUGUGUUCGACUUCCAAGGGUCUGCUUCGGGAACAAUGAGAGGAAUGAUAGUUGACCAUGACACGGAGCAAAUCGCCAGCUUUGGCUCAUUGAUUUUAGCAUCCAUGGGAGGGAAAUCUCUUACGCGACUCGAAGUAGACCUGAGCUUUGCCCUCGAUGACUUUGCCCCUCUACCACCUGUUAGCAUGGGUCCUCUUCUCGUGUCACGACAUUGUCCAGACCUGAGGAUUCUGUGUCUGACAAGCUUCCCUAUUCAUCUGAGCGAACUGAAAACAUUCUUUGAAGGCCUUAACGGGCCUCUUGACAUUGGUCUGGAUGAUGUCUUGUUACUGAGCAGUACCUGGGCUGAAGUGCUUGACCUAACUCGCUACAAGGCGAACUGGGAAUCAUUUGUUGCACGGUCGCGCGGCGCGGAGUGUAAUGACAUGUCUGAGGAAGAAAGCUUGGCCAUCUUCGGCGACCAUAGCUACCCUUCUUUGGGCAAGGAAGGCAAAGCGACCCUGUAUAUCCGAGGCUAUAUAAAGGACAAUCCGCUGAGAAUCCGAGAAGGUACUUCGGCCUCAUGA